AUGGUUUUAGCUGACUUAGGAGAAAGACUUAGAGGGGCCCUUUCUUCUGUGGAGAAGGGUUCCGACGAUGAAAUCCAACAAAUGAUUAAAGACAUUUGCUCUGCGUUGUUAGAGUCCGACAUCAAUGUGAAAUUAGUCGCCAAAUUGAGAGGCAAUAUACGAGACAAGAUUGAGGAGGAAAACGUAUUAAAGGAAACUUCGACCCAAAACAGGAGAAAGAAGUUACAGAAAAUUAUAUACGAUGAGUUAUGUGCAUUGGUUGAUUCUCAUGUCGAACCGCCCAAGCCAAAGAAACUUUCAGCGACUACCAAGACCAUUAAUGGGAAAAAGGUGAGAGUGUCAAAAGAGUCAAGCCACGUCAUUAUGUUUGUGGGAUUACAAGGUGCAGGUAAGACCACAUCCUGUACAAAACUAGCUGUUUACUACAAAAAGAGGGGGUUCAAAGUUGGAUUAGUAUGUGCCGAUACAUUUAGAGCAGGUGCAUUUGAUCAAUUGAAGCAAAAUGCUAUAAAAGCUAAUAUACCUUAUUAUGGAUCCUACUUAGAGCCUGAUCCGGUCAAAAUUGCUUUUGAGGGUGUACAAAAAUUCAAGCAGGAGAAGUUUGACAUUAUCAUUGUUGACACUUCGGGAAGACAUAGACAAGAGGAACAAUUGUUUACCGAAAUGGUUCAGAUAGGCGAGGCGGUUCACCCUAGCCAGACAAUCAUGGUGAUGGAUGGAUCUAUUGGUCAAGCAGCUGAGUCACAAGCCCGUGCUUUCAAAGAAAGCUCUGAUUUCGGUUCUAUAAUCUUGACCAAAAUGGAUGGGCAUGCAAAAGGUGGAGGUGCUAUUUCUGCCGUUGCAGCAACGAAAACGCCGAUUGUAUUUAUUGGUACAGGUGAACAUAUUGGUGACUUGGAAGUUUUCAAACCAACAACCUUUAUAUCUAAGUUGUUGGGUAUUGGUGAUAUUCAGUCGCUUAUUGAACACGUACAAUCUUUAAAUUUGCAUCAAGAUGAAGGACACAAACAGACGAUUGAGAAUAUCAAGGAGGGAAAGUUUACUUUAAAGGAUUUUCAAAACCAAAUGAACAAUUUUAUGAAGAUGGGACCCCUCACGAAUAUUGCAUCGAUGAUUCCAGGAAUGUCGAGUAUCAUGUCACAAGUGGGUGAAGAGGAGACAUCCAACAAGAUUAGGAACAUGAUUUUCAUUAUGGACUCAAUGACCGCAAAAGAGUUGGAAAGUGACGGUAGAAUAUUCAUCAAAGAGCCAAGCAGAAUCGUAAGGAUAGCGAGAGGUUCGGGGUGUAGUGUAGUUGAGGUUGAAAUGAUUUUGCAACAACACCGAAUGAUGUCGUCUAUGGCAAAAUCUGCAGUAGCAGCUCAAGGCCAAGGUGGACAGCCUGGAGGCCCAUUCGCAGGAAAUCCUCAAAUGCAAAGAAUGAUGCAGAGUGCCCAAUCAAAUCCAAAUUUCAUGCAACAGGCAAUGAGUAUGUUGGGUGGAGGAGGUGGAGGUGCCGGUGGUCCUGGUGGAUUAGCUGGUAUGAUGAAUAAUCCAGCAAUGAUGCAGCAAGCACAACAGAUGAUGAGAGGUAACCCACAAAUGAUGCAACAGGCUCAAGAGAUGAUGAAAAAUCCACAAAUGAUGCAAAGAAUGAUGCAACAAUUUGGUGGCAUGGGUGGAAUGUAG